AGUGAAAAAGAAAUGCAAUGAGGAACCUUAUCUCGGUCUAUAAGCUUGAGUGGCGCCCUCUCUUGGCACAGACCCCCUGGCCAAGAAAAUUUGUUUGCCAACUGAUGGGCAUUGGAAGUGAGCAGGUACCUGUAGGCUUACUGGAUAUACAAGUUUCUGUGAUUCCAUCACUUGAUUCUUGUCUGUCUGGCUCUGCUGUCUCCAGAUAUCUUGAGGAAGCCAACACUUGCUUCGGAGAGAGACGUCGGCUUUUUAUUAAUUAUGCUCGACAGUGGUGGAGAGAAUACACUGAGGCUGGAACAAACUAUGCAUCAAGGUCUGUCAGAAUAUUUGCCAUGGAUGAAAAUGGUAAAACUAGAUUUGUAUGCGAGUAUGUGCGUCAGUUAGAGGCAGGACAUGCUCUUAGAUCCCCAGAAGAAGCAAGCCGUUGGGUUAGUAUUAUUCCAACCAAACCUGUACACCAAAUGCCUGCAGAUGGCAUUAGUCACUGGUACACUCUUCCUGUAGCUGUCAUGGCACAAAGUUUGAAUGUGGAAAGCAAAUGUAGUUUGCUUUGUAGUCUUCUUCUUGGGUUUGGUUUGGAUGCCUGGGUGUGCGUUGGCACACUCCGUUCAGGUGUGCAACACUCCUGGGUCAUGACUCGUGGACCAUAUACUGCUAUUACUUUCUGGGAGUCCUCAACAGGCUGUCGUUAUGUCUACAAGUUAGGCCAGAAAGCUGGCCAUGAUUAUGGGACUGUAGGCAGCAUCUUUAACCAUGAACGCUUCUAUGCUUCUGUUCAGGUAACAGACAAAAUAGGAUACUGUAACUUUAUGCUAGAGGAUGAAAAUGCUUGGAAGCGAAUGUUACCAAAUGCAACAUCCAGCAUGAUACAAAAGGAGCCAUGUGUGGUAAAAAUUCUUCCACCAAAUUGUGAUGCAGAAGGAACAAGCUCUGUGGUGGAGAUGCAGAUGAGAAUACUGAUGACUGAGUACAGAGCUGAUUUUGGACUUAGCACCAAUUUUGAUGAUCACUUAAGCCAUAUCCUGACACCAGCACUAUGGUCAUAUGAAAGAAAAGCUGUUUACAAUAUUGGUGAUGAUGAUCGGGAGGCAAAAGGAGCAGAACAUUUCUCAGCUGCUCUAAUGCACACAAUUCCAGAGGGUCACACAUUCAAAGCAUUCCCUCUUCACUUUAUACACCAUUCACCACAACGAGCAUUCAACUCCAUUAUGAGCUCCAGCAUUGGCCGCGAGAUAGUUGGGUGUCGUGGUGAUAAAGUCUGUUAUGCUGUGCGUGCUAUAACAGUUAACUAUCCUGAAAAUAUGUUCCUGACUUGGCUUAUGGUUGCUUGUUCUUACAGACCUCUUGGAUGAAAAGUUAAAGGACAGGCUGAAAUGGUGCACAAAAGAACUUGCCAUCAAAGGACACAAAUGACAAGAUUUUAGAUACCUCAAAAGAAAAAGAAAAAAAUAGCAAAAGUACUAUUAUGCAUUCUUGAUUCUGUAAUGGUAACAAAUACAUUAUACACCUAAUUAACUGAAUAGCCAUACCAAUAUGACAGGGUUUAUAAAUAAGUGUAAUUCAACUAGUAAAAAAUUAUUUUGGUUACAAUAUUUUAACAGGAUUAAUUACUGUAAGUCUCAUAUUGAUUGUAAAGCCGGUAACCUUGGUAUACAUCUUACUUCUUAAUAUCUUGCCUCACUAUGCAUUCACACAAAAAAGAAGCUUCUUAAUGUAAAAUAAUGUACAUAUUAUAACUAGCUAAAAGCACCUCCUUCUGCUAACAACCUGAUCAAGCAUACAAAAAUUAAGUUCAUAUCAGUAUCAUAUGAUUCCUCAAGGAUAUCAUACUAUCAGUUGUUAACUAUUGAAAUGUAUAUCAAACAAACAGAUGAUUUUUAAAAAAUGGGUGACAGAAUGAUUUUCAAAAAUAUUUGUUAACUGAGUUUCAUAACCAAAACCUUAACCUAUGAGUACUUCUCAGAAGUGUAAGAAAUAGCCAAAUUUGUAUUUAUUACAAUGAAAGGGUAAUACAGUACACUUGCUAACUUUGCAACAUUUGUAGUUUAAGCUCCAUAUAUAAAAAAAAUAUUUUUUAAAACUGCUUCAUGUUUGCAAAUUAGACUGCCUGUAUAUGAAUUUGUUGUGGAAGGGGCCACAAAUGUACAUUCUUUGCCAUCCA